CCUCGUCUGGGACCCUGUUGGGAAUGCCCUCAGGGCCCGCGGGUACUUCCGGAUCAAUAGGUGCUGGACAGUCCAUAAGUCAAAUGGCGGGCUCGCUGUUAAGCCCGUUGACCCCACGCGGUAGGGAGCUCCUAGAGCUCCAACAGGUCGAAAGGAUCCGCGAGCGGUUAGAGAAGGAACUGAAGCAAGCAACUGAUAGAGAAAGAAAGAUCAAGAAUAGAACAACCAGGCUUGAUACGUUAGAGGCCGACGAAGCUGCAUUAGAGGGUUUGGAUGAGUCAACCAUGACUGACCAAGUGAAAAUAUUGAAGAACAUCAUGCCGUCGCUGCAUGCGCAUGUGGACAACAUGUUAGACUUCAUGCAUAACUCUUUAGAGCAGAUCUUGGACCUUUUGCAAAGGUCAGGAUUCCGGCCAGCAGCACAGUCGCCGUUGUCGUUAACGACGAUGUUAGCCCCCUUCCCGCUACAAGCUGACACACAACCAAGUGGUACGUCUGCAGCAGCCGCACAAACAAUUGCUUCUUCUUCUUCUGGGUCAGCGGUGGUUGCUACACCAUCACCGCAACAACCUAUUCCUCAACAAGGACAGCAGCAAGGUCAAUGGUAUCCAAAGACCCCUAUGAAACCGCCCCUUGCUUUCUCUAGAGAGAAGAAGAAUGAGGAACUCAACACAUUGUUGAGAACGGGUCGAGUAUGGGUAAAGGCGAAGAGGACUUUGCAGGAGGACGAGGUGAUAACUGCUGCAUCUUACCUUGAGGGUAAGGCAGCCAAAUGCCUGGAUGGUUUAGUCGCAAAGGCCGGAUCUCGAUUCGGCCGCAAGACCGCGUUCAAGACACGGUACGGGCACUUCGAGUGGGUUGUUAUGCCUUUUGGACUCACCAACGCCCCGGCGACUUUUCAAGUGGCGAUGACCAACGAGUUACGAGCAAUGUUGGACCGGUUCAUGCUGGUCUACUUGGACGACAUCCUCGUCUAUAGCCGGACCUUGGAGAAACAUCUUGACCAUCUUCGACGAGUGUUGGAGACACUCCGGCGCGCCAAGUUCAAAGCCAACCUCGACAAGUGCGAGUUCGUGUGUCAAGAGUUGGAAUACUUGGGUCACUUCGUUUCUCCACAAGGCAUUAGUCCGUUGUCGGACAAGAUUCAAGCUGUCCAAGAUUGGCCGGAGCCACGGAAUGCCACGGAUGUCCGAUCAUUCCUUGGCCUUGCCGUCUACUACCAACGCUUCAUCAAAGGCUACUCGAAGAUCGCGGCUCACUUAACCAAGCUUCAAUGCGAGGACCGUCCGUUUGACUUCGGGAUGGAUGCGCGGGAAUCAUUCUUGGCCCUCAAGGCCGCAUUGCUUUCCGCGGAGGUAUUGCGGAUAUACGACCCGCUAUUGCCAACGCGCGUCACCACGGACGCAUCCGGCUAUGGCAUUGGUGUCGCCCUCGAGCAACAUGACGGCGUGGAUUGGCACCCAGUCGAAUAUUUCAGCAAGAAAGUGUCGGUCGUGCACUCCAUCGACGAUGCACGCAAGAAGGAACUUCUCGCCUUCGUCCACGCACUCAAGCGAUGGUGGCACUUCCUCCUCGGUCGACGCCAGUUCCGAUGGGUAACGGACAUUGCAACAAUUCGUUGGGAAGCGAUUGCCAUGGAUAUCACCGGGCCGUUCCCCAAGCACAAGACGGGCGUCGAUCGGAUUCUCACGGUGGUUGACCGCCUCACCAAGUUUGCCAUGUUCUUGCCUUGCCGCUAUCAUGCCAAGGCACCGGAGUUGGCCGAGGUUCUCUACGCCGGUUGGAUUCGAACCAAGGGUUACCCCAAGGAGAUCAUUUGCGGCCGCGACACUCGAUUCAUGUCUGAUUUUUGGUUGGCGCUCAUCAAACGAUGGGGCUCAUCCCUCAAGCCAAGUUCGGCUCGCCACCCCUAAACCGAUGGCCAAACGGAGAGGGCACAUCAGACCGC